AUGUCACUCUAUGCUAAAUUUUUGAAAGAUAUGCUAACUCAGAAGAACAAGUACAUCCAUAGUGACACCAUAGUUGUGGAGGGAAACUGCAGUGCUGUAAUUCAACGCAUCCUUCCACCAAAACAUAAGGAUCCAGGUAGCGUUACUAUACCUUGUUCUAUAGGUGAAGUUUCUGUUGGCAAGGCUCUUAUUGAUUUGGGAGCCAGUAUUAAUUUGAUGCCGCUUUCCAUGUGCCGGAGGCUUGGAGAGUUGGAGAUAAUGCCGACUAGGAUGACUUUACAGUUAGCAGAUCGCUCCAUCACCAGGCCCUAUGGAGUGAUAGAAGAUGUUUUGGUCAGAGUCAAACACCUUAUCUUUCCUGCUGACUUUGUGGUAAUGGACAUAGAGGAAGAUGCAACUAUUCCCUUAAUUUUGGGACGUCCAUUUAUAGCUACUACAAGUUGUGUAGUAGACAUGGAAAGAAUAAGCUAG